AGUAGUAUGCUACGUUGCAAAAGGGCGCAUAGGGGGCGCUUGUGAGCAGCACUUUUCUGGAACUUCAAAUGACAAAUGGGACACCCUACUUCACACAAACACAGCAAGGCUAAUGGAAGAACUCAAGUGUAUAUCAAGUGUGCCAUUGCAGACAGAGCCUGAAUCUGCUGCCCAUGUGAUCCCAACAUGCAGCUUUUUCAGUAUCAGUGUGCUUUAAGCCAAUCGGCUUGAGAGUUCUGUCCCCGCCUACCGGACUGAGGCCAUCUUACACUGAGCUUUGCUGUGAGGCGUCAUACAGACACACUGUAUCAGUUUCAGAGCUUGUGACGCUGCUAGUGUAACAGAGUUUUUCCCAAAUGGCGUAAAGGGUUCAAGAAACGACAUGCAAACGAGUUUUUGGCUCUGGCCAAUCCAUCUACACUACUGUAUCCGUCCUGCUCGUGUUCUUGGCAGCUUAAAAACAUUGUAAAUGAAGCAGGCAGAGGAAAAAGUGGGCGUUUCUGUCGACUUGCACUGAAGCAUGGAUUAUGAGAGGAGGGGCGGUCGUGGUGACCGCAUGGGUCGCUAUGGGAAAGAGUCUGAUGAUCAUGACUACAGGGACAUGGACUAUCGUGGCUAUGGACAAGAAAAUGGCUUAGGGCUGAAUAGCAGAUUAACAAAUGCAAGACAGCACGAGCGUGACAAUAGUUUUGAAGGUGUGAGAGACUUUGCCUCAGGCAAAUUCUCGAAUAAUCGCCCCGGAUUCAGCCAAAAGGUGAACCGUGGAUCCAGAGAUAGCCAACUUGAAAAAAGUCUCCUCCAAAGUCCUCCAAAUCAGAACAUCCACUCAAGAUUCCAGCAAGAUGAUAAGGAUUAUGAGUUUGAACCAGAGGUUGAUGCACACGGGAGAAAUAUGCAGACAUUUAGAUCAGGACAGAAGGUGUACCUGGAUGACCAAACGCCAGAUGAAGGUGAAGAAAAUGAGGACAACACCUGGGGCAGAGUUAGAGGACGGCACAACUCUCAGGGCGAAUGCGGUGCUGAAUGGAGAGCUGAGGAAGACAAAUAUUCCAGACAUGUUGGGCACAAACAAGGUCUUCCUGACCAAGUCCAAUCAGCUAAGAGCAAAAUGAGGGAUGGAAUCUACCAGCAUGCUGUGGAAAUGAGCCAGGAGGAGCCAGAACCCCGUGACCAGGACUACAGGUCUGAUACAGAGCCAGUCCAGAAACCCAGCAACAUUGUCAUGCUGAGAAUGCUCCCACCGAAUGCAACCGUUAAUGAGAUUCGGGCUCGGCUGCAGGAGCAGGGGAUCCAGCCCAGGGAAGUUCGCCUCAUGAGGAACAAGUCUUCAGGUCAGAGCAGAGGAUUCGCCUUCGUCGAGUUUAAUCACUUGCAGGAGGCCAGCCGCUGGAUGGAGACCAACCAGAGAGUGCUCACUAUUUUGGGACAGCGAGUAUCUAUGCACUACAGUGACCCAAAGCCCCGUGCUAACGAAGACUGGCUCUGCAAUAAGUGUGGAGUGCAGAACUUCAAACGAAGAGAAAAGUGUUUCAAAUGCGGAGUUCCAAAAUCAGAGGCUGAGCUGAAACUGUCUUUGGUGCCAAAGAGUUUACCUUUGGGUCAGUUAAAGGACUCAGCUCAGGGUUUACUGCCCCUUCCCAUCAUAUACCAGACAGCAUCUCCGAUUCUCAACUUAAGUUCCUCGUCCCAGGCUGCCGAAGUGGCCAAUGACACUCUGAUACUACGGAAUCUGGGACCCCAUACAACACUAGAGGUCAUUUUGUCCGCUUUGGCCCCGUUUGCUACUCUCUCCCCUUCAAAUGUACGGCUCAUCAAAGACAAACAGACACAGCUCAACCGAGGGUUUGCUUUCCUGCAGCUCACUACUAUUGUGGAAGCUUCACAGCUGCUUCAGAUCCUCCAGUCCCUGCAGCCUCCUCUCUCUAUUGACGGCAAGCUCAUCUCUAUAGAGUUUGCCAAGGGCUCCAAACGAGAUGUUUUUCUGGCAGAUGGGAGUCGGGUGAGUGUGGCAACAGUUGCGAGUACAGCUAUAGCUGCAGCUCAGUGGGCCGUCACUCAGACGGCGCAGCUCUCGGGUGCAGCUCCGAGCGGUGAUUUCAGUGUGCACCAGCAGGGGGCAGCAGCUGUGUUUGGGCAAGAGGCCGUGCAGGGUGUCAGAGUAGAGGCGCAACCCUUUAAAGGGCCAGCGGCUGUGGUACUGACUAGCCACACUUCAUUAGGCACUCCUGAUGGAGGAACUACCUCUACAGGAGAAACAGGUGCUACCUCCAUAUUGGCACUCACAGCAUCCCAGACCCAGCUUGUCGCCACGACAACCUCCACACAGGCCAAUCAGGCCCGAGUGGAGAUCAUUGGGAAACCUCAGCCUGCUACCCCAAACCAGCCUGCCACACCUGGAACUGCUUUGGAGUGUCAGCAGUACCCGGAUCCUGACGUGUCCACGUACCAGUAUGAUGAGAACUCUGGCUAUUAUUAUGACCCUCUUACAGGCCUCUACUAUGACCCAAAUUCACAGUACUAUUAUAAUCCUCAUACGCAGCAGUACAUGUACUGGGAUGGGGAAAGACACACGUAUGUUCCUGCCUCAUCACAGACGUCCGAUGACACCACAGAUGCUGCAGCCACGGGAGUGACCUCUGACCUUUCAGGUGCUCCCAACAGCAGUAAGGACAAGAAGGACAAGCCCAAGAAUAAGACAGCACAGCAGAUAGCCAAAGACAUGGAGCGGUGGGCCAAAAGUCUGAACAGGCAGAAAGAGAAUGGCCGAUUGUCCUUGUCAUCCUCGUUGAGUACAAACUCUCGAUUGAUGGCACAGGGUAGACCCGAUGACAGACGGGAAUCUGCCAGCGCGGACGCGGGUUACGCCGUCCUGGAGAUGAAGGGUGCCUUGCUAGAGAGACCUCAGAUUCUGAUGGAACAGAUCACACAUCCAGAAGAAAGAGAAAGUCCUCCUCAGGGUCUGGUGGCAGGCUACAGCGGAGAGACAGACAGUGAGGAGGAGGGCGGAGAGCGAGAGGAGAGACUAACAGACUGGUCUAAACUGGCCUGUCUGCUGUGCAGGAGACAGUUCCCCAGUAAAGAGGCUCUGAUCAGACAUCAGCAGCUCUCUGAGCUGCACAGACAAAACCUGGAGCAGAGGAGAGCCAGACCGGGCCAGCCAGAGACACACGAGCGAUCCGAAACAGAGCUGAGAUACAGGGACCGGGCAGCAGAAAGGAGGGAAAAAGGGGCCGUCCCACAACAACCAGAUGCAAAAAAGAGGAGAUUCAGCCCUGUCAGUGGCGCUGGAUCUCAGAUGCUUCCUGGAAGGAUGGAAAAAGGCUUUUUCUUUCGCAACCUACCAGUGGAGUAAUGGUGUACUUCUUUGGACUUUCUUCAAUACUAAAUGAAACGCCUCAUGUACAGUGUAUGUGUACAAAGCAACAAUGCAGCUGAGAGACCAUCAUCAGGGUGUUUAUCAAAGAUUAGAAUGAUGCGGUAAUGUGCAGAAUAUAUUGGAUUCAGGUUAAGGAAAAACCCUCAGGAUCCUUAAAAAAAAACACUAUACAGCACACGGUUACUGUAGAUAUAGUCCAACUAUGUGACAUUCUUGUACUUUAGCCUAUUGUCAGCUUCCCAGAAAGUAAUUUGUGAACAUUUGUAGAUGGCAUGAAUUUAUGUGAAAAAAAAAAAAAAAAAAAAAGUGUAAUUCUGGGAAGCUGAGAAAAUGAUGUCAGGAUGGAAAACUGGGAUAAUUCAGAAACUAUUUCUUGUAGUUUCUUUUGACUUUUAAUACAUCUUUUUGUCCCUUUUAUAUAUUCUUUGAUGAACAGCCAGUGGCUCUAAGCAGAAGCUUUGCUGAUUUGCCAGUAAGUGUGCUAUGCAUUUUGCAUGUCUCGUAUGACAUGACAGUCUAUGCAGAAAUGACAGACAGCAGGUGUCUGUGAAGACUUGCACAGUAGAUUACUCUUUAGUGAUUAUCUUCAAGAAAAGGCACAGCAGAUGAUUAUGGUUUACUUUAUCAAUUUUUAUUAACCUAAUUUGCAGUAUAUAUAUAUCAUAUGAUUUAUAAGUUGUAUAAGAUUAUAUAAGCUGGUAUACAGUUUUUAAAUGUGAAUUUAAGGUGGCCAGAGUGAGUUUGUGAGUAUAUGUCCUUAUUAGCACUAAGUGCCGUUAUGUUUUCUUUUUUUUGUUUGUUUAUUCAUACAUGCAAAAUCAUUUAUAUGAUUUUCAAAUACUCAUUUUGCUUAAAUGUUAUCAGAAAAGGGUAAAAACAAUAUGAUUUACAUAGUUUGAUAAAUAUGAUUUAGAAAAUAGUUCCUAAUAAGAAUUAUUUUAUGUGAAUAUAGAACUUAACAUAUGAAUAUUGAUAAUGUGACAUGUUUUGAAAGCAGAAUUUUUUUUAUAUAUUGACUCCUUGAUGCAGUAAGAGAAUCUCACAAAACCUGUCAGAAACACGUCUGGGUCUUAUUUCACCACAAAUCCAAAUCAGAAGAUAAUUUACUAAAUUCUAUUUAAUUAUUAGUGCUGUCAAAUGAUUAAUCGAGAUUAAUCGCAUCCAAAAUAAACGUUUGUUUACACAUAAUAUAUGUGUGUGUACAGUGUAUAUUUAUUAUAAAUGUAUAUAUUUAAGAAAUAUUUACGUGUGUGUGUGUGUAUAUAUAUAUAUAUAUAUAUAUAUAUAUAUAUGUGUAUAUAUAAAUAUAAAUAUUUUAUAUAAUAUAUUUUUGUUAAAUACAUACAUGCUUGUGUGUAUUUAUAUAUACGUAAUAAAAAUACACAGUACACACACGUAUAUUAUGUAAACAAACCUUUAUUUUGGAUGCGAUUAAUUGCGAAUAAUCGUUUGGCAGCACUAUUAAUUAUACAAAAAGAAAUAUAGCUUAUUUUUAGGACCAUUACGAUUUUUUUAUGUUGUAUUGUGACAUUUUCAUUCCAGUUCAGCAUGUUGUUAUUAACAUAGUGUGGAAAAAAAUUAUCCUUUUUACUGUAAUUUGGGGAAAAGAGGCUUUUUUUUUUUUUUUUUAAUUUUGCUCUGAAAUAUGACUUUGUGAGACAUUUCUUCCUGAGAUUCAAUGACGUUUGUAUUGAGUGAAUUUGUUCUCUACAACCCAAUAUGUGUUGAAAGAAUGCAUUUGCACAAUACAGCUUCCUAUAUGACGUCA